UCUACAGCUCUAUGCCUUCUUUCUCCAUUUCUCUUUCCUUCUGUGUUGUCUCUUUCUUUUUUGUAGUUUUUUAGUUUUUUUUUUGGGUUAGAAUAGAUUUCCUUUCAGGAUUUCUUUUGGGACUGCUUCAGUGGGAUGGAUGGUUUGGGAAGAAUGAGGUUUUGUACCCAUGAAUCAAUGGCUCCCUUUCUUUUUCUCCUCCUUUUAGUGGUAUCUGGCACCGUUGCUGAUGAAGCAUUAUAAAAAUUAGAGACGAGCAAGGAAGCAAGCAAAAGCUUUCCAAAUCUAGAUAAGAAGAGGGACAAAGUUGUCAUUUCCAUGGAUGCCUUCAUUGGUGUAAAUAUAGGCACAGACCUCUCUAAUAUGCCAAACCCAACUCAAGUUGUGGCUCUCCUUAAGUCUCAGCAAAUUCGACAUGUCAGGCUCUAUGAUGCUGAUCGUGCCAUGCUUCUUGCACUUGCAAAUACAGGAAUCCGUGUAACUGUUUCAGUGCCCAACGACCAACUCCUUGGCAUUGGCCAGUCCAAUGCCACUGCAGCCAACUGGGUUGCACGGAAUGUGCUAGCUCACAUCCCUGCCACUAACAUCACAGCCAUAGCUGUUGGAUCUGAAGUGCUAACUACCCUCCCAAAUGCAGCACCAGUUCUAGUCUCUGCCUUAAAAUUUAUCCACUCUGCCCUUGUUGCUGCCAAUCUUGAUUCCCAAAUCAAAGUCUCGACUCCACACUCUUCUUCCAUCUUACUGGACUCAUUCCCACCUUCCCAAGCCUUUUUUAACCGCUCCUGGGAACCGGUGAUGGUUCCGUUGCUCAAAUUUUUGCAGUCCACAAGUUCAUAUCUUAUGCUCAAUGUGUACCCAUAUUACGAUUACAUGCAAUCAAAUAGUGUGAUCCCAUUGGAUUAUGCACUCUUCCGUCCUCUCCCUCCAAACAAGGAAGCUGUGGAUGCUAAUACGCUCCUGCACUAUACUAAUGUCUUUGAUGCUGUUGUUGAUGCAGCGUUUUUUGCAAUGUCAUACCUAAACUUCACCAAUAUUCCCCUUGUAGUUCUUGAAUCAGGCUGGCCUUCCAAGGGCGACUCAUCUGAGCCAGAUGCUACUAUUGACAAUGCUAACACUUACAACAGUAACUUGAUUAGGCAUGUGCUUAACAACACAGGGACUCCCAAACACCCUGGUAUUGCUGUUAGUACAUACAUUUACGAAUUGUACAAUGAGGAUUUGAGACCUGGGUUGGUCUCAGAGAAGAAUUGGGGACUUUUUGAUGCAAAUGGAAUGCCAGUUUAUAUCCUACAUUUGACGGGUUCUGGGACGGUUUUGGCAAAUGACACCACAAAUCAGACAUAUUGUGUUGCAAGGGAUGGUGCUGACCCAAAGAUGCUACAGGCUGCACUGGAUUGGGCUUGUGGACCAGGCAAAGUGGACUGCUCCCCUCUGUUGCAGGGGCAACCAUGUUCUGAACCAGACAAUGUGGUUGCACAUGCAACAUAUGCUUUUGAUGCAUACUAUCACCAGAUGGCUAUGGGUCAAGGAACCUGUUACUUCAAUGGGGUGGCUACCAUCACUACCACUGACCCAAGUCAUGGGUCAUGCAAAUUCCCAGGAAGUGCUGGAAGAAACAACACUUUCAUAAAUGGCACAUCACUGGCUCCAUCUUCAAAUUCAACAAGUUCUGGCUCUCAAUCACAAUAUUUCUAUAGCAGUGGUGCCUUAAUGAGCUGUAUGAUUAUUGGUAUUUUAGUUUGGAGUGCAGUUUUGUUGUAAAUGCAGUUAUAUCUUCUGCGGUUUUCCUUUUUAAACUGCACUUGAAUCCUUGGAAACAUUUGGUUUUCACUUCUGUUUGAAGACUUGCAGCAUGCCCAGUUUUGUUCCAUCAAGGAAGGUAAGGGGUAGCGAGAUUGAUUUAAGGCAAGUAGUUGUGAGUGGUUUGCCGGAUUCUGUACAAACCAACCAAAGGGAUUCCCAAUUUAUUGUUGUAACCAUCUUGCUGGGUCAGCUUGACUCACAUCAAUGUUUUAUUCUUUCAUCUGGUUUGCAGUGUCUAUCUUAAGAUGAUGUAUGGUGAUUCUAACCUA